GAAUAUCUUUUUUUAAAAUUCAUCGAUUCUCUCUUAAAUUAAUCAUGUCUGAAGAAGUUAUCGAGAAGAAAGCAUUCACCAAAAAGAUCAACAAGAAGGAAUCUUCUGAAGAUCCUCACGCCAAGUUAACAUUGUUUGUUAGAGGACUUCCUUUUGAUGCCACUAGCAAAGAUCUCGAAGAUUUCUUUGGCGAAAUUGGUCCUAUUAGAAAGUGUUUUGUUGUAACUGACAGAUCCACCGAGGAAGAAAAGAAGGACGACACCGUACCCAAGGCACCUGUUAAAAAUAAGGGUUUUGGUUAUGUUCAUUAUGCUUUGGAAGAAGAUGCUAAAGAAGCCAUUGCCAAAUUGAAGAGUGUCAAAUUCAAGGGAAGAAAAUUGAACAUUGAACUCGCCAAGAGAAAGUCAGAAACUGUUCGUGAAGAUACCAGAAAACCCGCUGCUGUUGUCGAAAAGGUUGUCGAACCUAAGAAACCUUCUGAACCUUUAAACUUUGACGUUAAUGCUCGUUUAAUUGUUCGUAAUUUACCUUGGAAGUACAGAGAGGCUGACUUGAGAAAGUUGUUCGAAGCUUAUGGUACCGUCCACGAUCUCAAAUUACCUCGCAAGUACGAAGGUGGCCCACUCCGUGGUUUUGCCUUUAUUCAAUUUGAAAAGGUUGAGGAUGCUAAAGCUGCUAUGGAUGCUAUGAAUGCCACCGAACAUGCUGGCAGAACAAUCGCAGUCGAUUGGUCCAUUCCCAAAGGAAAAUAUCGUGAGACCGAAGAGAAAGAAGCUGCUGCCGCCCAGGCUGCUGCUGCCGAAAACGAGGAUACCGAAAUGAAGGAAUCCAGUGAUAGUGAAGAAAGCAGUUCUGACGAGGAAGAAGCCAAUAGUGCAGAUGAAGAAGAGAAUGACAGUGAUAACAGCGAUAGCGACGAUAACGAAGAUGACGAAAGUGAAGAGGAAUUAAGCGAUAACGACGAAAACGCCGAAGCUAGAAAGGCCAAAAAAAUGACAGGUCCUACUUCUGCCGAUGGUACCACCAUGUUUGUCCGUAACCUCUUGUUCGAAACCACCGAAGAAGAUUUAAAGCAGUUAUUCACACAAUGGGGACCUGUUCUCUAUGCUAAAAUUACUAGAGAUCCUGUUACCAAGUUAUCUCGUGGUACUGGUUUCGUUUGUAUGCGUAAGAAGGAAGAUGUAGACACAAUUUUAGCUGCUGCAGAAACACUCCGUAAUAUUUCACAAAAGGAAGAGAACAACGAUUCAGAAGCUAUGAAUCAAUUACUUUCAAAGCGUGAAAAGAAGAAGAAGGGUUUGAUGUAUAAGAGUAUUAUUACACCCGAAUCUGGAUCUGGUGAAGGUGCUAAAUUCACACUUCAUGGUCGUGUUUUGGAAGUUUCAUUGGCCGUGGAUCGUACACAAGCUAAAGAAAUCAAGGACGCCAAUUUAUCACAAAAGAGAAAAGAAGAUAAGCGUAAUCUCUAUUUAAUGCGUGAAGGUGUUGUGUUCCCCGAUACACCUGCCGCUGAGACCAUGACUCCUGCCGAAUUAUCCAAACGUCAAAUGUCAUUCUCUAGCAGAAAGAAGCUUGUCAGCAGUAACCCUGCUUUGUAUAUAUCCAAAACUCGUCUCUCUAUUCGUAAUUUACCUAUCAAGGUUACCGAUACCGAACUUAGAGUGCUUGGUAUCAGUAGUAUUUCAAAGUUUAAAAACCAAGUCAAGGGUGGCGAACGUACAGAUCUCACAAAGGACGAAAAGGAGGAUGGCUGGCAUUUAUUACCCCGUGUCAAGCAAGCCAAAAUUAUCAGAAGCAAGGACAGAAUUGACACUGCAACAAACGAAUUACGUUCAAAGGGUUAUGGUUUCUUAGAGUUCAAUACACAUUCACAUGCCUUAGCAUCUUUGAGAUAUCUUAACAACAACCCUGAUAUUUUCGAAGGUAAGAGAUUGAUCGUCGAGUUCUCGUUAGAAAAUAAGGAUGUCACCGAUAGAAGAGAUCAAAGAGGUGAAGGUGGUGAUAGCCGAGGUAGUUUCGGUGGUGAUCGUGGUGCAAAAAGAAGCUAUGAAGGUGAUAACAACGACGAUCAUAAAAGACAAAGAACCGAUGAAUCAAGCGGAGGCCGUGGUGGUUUCGGCGGUGAUCGCGGUAGCCGUGGUCGUGGUGGCUUUGGUGGUGAUCGUGGAGGUCGUGGCUCGUUCCGUGGCGGUGACCGUGAUGGCGGCCGUGGUCGUGGUGGCUUCGGUGGCGAUCGCGGAGGUCGCGGAGGUCGUGGCGGUUUUGGUGGUGACCGUGGAAGUCGCGGAGGCCGUGGUGGCCGUGGUGGCCGUGGCAGUUUCGGUGGUGACCGUGGAGGCCGUGGUGGUCGCGGAGGUCGCGGAGGUCGCGAUUAACUUAACAAAAAAUAUAGUAAAAAUAGCAUAAAAAGUAAAUAAAUAGAAUCAUGGUUUUUUUUUAUGAUGACACUC